AAGGUGCAACGCGUUUUCCAUCAAAAAUGAAAAAGUCUUAUGCUUCCUUCCUCUCUUAUCUUCUCAUAAACCCGUCUUUUCGUCAACCUUCUCCCUGAUUUUCUGAUACUCUGCUCCUAGUUUCAAAAUAUUCAGAUCCAUAAACUCUAGAUUCCAUCAUCUUCUUGCGUCAUCCUGUUCAACCCUCACGUUCUUACUCUGUCAUGAAUGAGAAACGAAGAUCCACCGUUAGUUCGAUACUGAAGAUGCGUUCUCUUAUGGCUUUUGUAGUCCUGCUCAGCUUCGGCUCGUGUUUUUCGCUUAAGGAAGAAGGUUUAGAUAAAGAUAGAUUGGAGAAAGAUCUAUGGUCCGAUGAAGACUCAGCAAUUCUGAAAGCAGUUGGGUUUCACAGGAAAGCACUUGUACCUCGUGAGCCAUUAACAUAUGACAACUUGCCUUCCAGAAGAAACAGCCGCGAGGCUACGCCUGCAGCUGCAACUAUCACACCACCAUCAUCCCCACAACCUUCUCAUAAAAAUGUCUCAACUCAUUCUUCAACAGCUUCGGAUCCAGAACCUACGCAAGAUGUUUCUACUUCACCUCCUCAUCCUCCUCCUCCUCCUCCUACGUCUGCUCCCCAUGAAAACUCUCCUACUCUAAGAACCUCUUCGUCUUCUUCUUCAGUGGUUGUUCCUGUAGUUCUUGCCUGCGUGGGCUGUGUUGUUCUCGUCCUCCUUGUAGCUACCGGUGUGUUCUACUUUAAAAAUAAAGUAGGGAAGUCAGUGAAUCCUUGGCGUACAGGUCUUAGCGGACAACUUCAGAAAGUAUUUGUAACUGGUAUCCCAACUCUCAAAAGAUCAGAGAUUGAAGCUGCAUGUGAAGACUUUAGUAAUGUCAUUGGAUCAUGCCCCAUUGGGAAGCUCUUCAAAGGAACACUAUCAAGUGGAGUGGAGAUAGCUGUUGCUUCUAUUGACACUACUUGUGCCAAUGACUGGAAAGAAAUUACAGAGAUUCAAUUCAGGAAGAAGAUUGAAAUGCUAUCCAAGAUAAACCACAAGAACUUUGUGAACCUUCUUGGCUACUGUGAAGAAAAGGAACCUUUCACCAGGAUCUUGAUCUUUGAAUAUGCUCCAAACGGUUCACUCUUUGAACAUCUACACAGUAAAGAAUCAGAACACUUGGAUUGGGGAAUGAGGUUAAGAAUCACAAUGGGCUUAGCAUACUGCCUUGACCAUAUGCACCAACUCAACCCACCAAUAGCCCACACAAACCUCGUCUCAUCAUCUCUCCACCUCACUGAAGACUAUGCUGUAAAGCUAGCCGACUUCACUUUUGGUCCGUCCGAGACAGAGACGUGCAGCAACGCAAACAAAGACACAUACUUAAACCCCGAGGACAACGUUUACAGCUUUGGUUUACUAUUAUUCGAAAUGAUAACCGGAAAACUCGUGGAUUCGGUUAACAAACCAGACUCGGUAGAUACAGGGCUAGUUGAUUUCUUGAGAGGAGUGAGUCUAGCUAAUAUGGUUGAUCCAGCAUUGGAGUCUUAUGAUGACAAGAUUGACAAUAUAGGCGAAGUGAUCAAGUCAUGCAUCAGAACCGACCCGAAAGAGAGACUUACGAUGAAAGAAGUCACCGGGUGGCUACGGGAGAUUACUGGCAUCUCGCCUAGCGAUGCUACACCGACACUAUCACCUCUUUGGUGGGCAGAGUUGGAGGUUUUGUCUAUGGCGUAAGAGAGAGUUACCAACAAGAAUUGUAAGUAUGUUGGAAGAUGUUUGAAUUUUAUAAGUGUGUUUUCUACUUAAAAGUGAUAAAAAGUUGCUUCUUGCUUCUGUU